GAAAUUCUAUUCUAUUCUCGGAUCCGGGUUAAUCACUGACGGUAAUUUUCUGCGCAUGCGCGAUUUACUGCAGUGAAAACAAACUCUCCUGGAGCAGUCAUUUUAACCUAGCGAAGCUGGAGUGAACACAUAGAAGUUUUUAAAAUGCCAAAUAGUUGUGCUGCUUUUGGUUGUUCAAACCAUAAUUUAAUGGAAAAUAAACCUGGAUUCUACAGAUUUCCGAAUAACAACCCAGAACGAAGAAAAAUGUGGAUAAGUGCAUGUAAAAGGAAAAACAAAGAUGGUACUGCUGACUGGAACCCAACUGGAAAAAAUGUUUAUCUCUGUGGGAAACAUUUUACAACUGGGAAACCAGUAAAAGAUCCUGCACAUCCUGACUACAUACCAACUAUAUUUGUGUAUACACAAAAUGAUUCAGAAAAAAAGAAGAAGAAAAUAGAAAGAUUCGAGUCAGCCAAAAAAAGAAGCCUAGCAAAAGCAAGAACACCCGUCGCACCAAAAAAACAGCGUACCUUAAAUUUUGUUUCACCAGGAAAGCCACCAUUACAGCAAAGUAACACAUUUAUUUCGCCACCACUAUCACCAUGUUCUAGUACUACAUCUCUGAUGUCACCACUGCCAGAAAUGCCUGAAAUGGAAGUAGACUUUUCUCUUUCUUCACAAACACAACAUUAAACACCAGUAACUAUAUCAAGACCAACAACCUUAAAUGCAAGUACCCAGACCACAAGCUCAAUUUUGGAUAAUAAACAUUUAAUUGAAAUAACAAAUCUGACAGAAGCUCUUCAAAAAGCAAAAAUUACAGUUAAUGAUCUUGAGAGUAAAUUCAUAUGCUAUGAACAUCUGAAAAAAAAGCCAGCAAAAUUUAAAUAUUACACUGGAAUAAACAAAGAUCAAUUUGACACUGUUUUUGACAUGGUGAAAGAUUCGUUGCCAAAAAAAUUUCGAUCGAAGAUGCAUUCAAAGAUCAGUUGCUGAUGACUCUUGCAAAGCUGCGUUUGAACCUACAAUUUGAAAAUAUGGCAGACCAAUUCAACUGUCCAAGAAGUACUGCCCAUGAAGUAUUUCAAAGGUGGAUCGACUUACUCUCUACAAAAUUAUCAUGGCUAAUACAUUGGCCUGAUCAUGAUGCAAGCAUCUACUCUCUUCCAAAUGUUUUCCGACAAUAUUUUCCAAGGUUGACUGGUAUUAUUGAUUGCACUGAAAUUUUUAUUGACAGGCCAAAAAAGUUAAAUGCACAUAAUGAGGUUUAUUCGAAUUACAAAAAACACUCAACUGUUAAAUUUUUAAUUGCUUGCUCGCCUCAAGGAUCCAUUUCUUUUCUUUCAAAGGCUUGGGGUGGUAGAGUGUCAGAUGUUGAGUUGGUCAAGCAAAGUGGCUUUAUCAGUAGCAAAUAUCAUCACCCUGGAGAUCAAAUACUUGCAGAUCGUGGAUUUACCUUGACCGAUGAGUUUGCAGCAGGUUGUGGCGUUGAACUUAUUAUGCCUAGUUUCACAAAGGGAAAAAAGCAAUUGUCUGCACAGGAGGUUGAGACUACUCGUCAAAUAGCUUCAAUACGUAUUCACAUUGAACGUGUGAUUGGGUUAAUAAAAAUCAGAUAUAACAUUCUUACUGGACCAAUACCCAUUACAAUGACAAAGUCUCUCUCUGAUGAGGCAAAUGAAUCAGAAUUUACUAGUAUCGACAAGCUUGUUACUGUUUGUGCUGCACUUGUGAAUCUUGGUGAUGGUAUAGUGUACAGUGAACCAAAAAGUCAGUGACAUGACUUUAAACGUCAAACCGGCUAUUUUUAUAGCCACAUCUGUCUUGACCGUCCAGUGGUAGGACACCUCACUGUUUUAAACAGUAGGAAACCCAGGUUCGAUUCCUGGUCAAGACCUUUAUAAUUGCAAUAUUGGGAACUGUAAAAAAUUUUUUAUCAUAAGCAAUACAAUUGAAAAAGUCUUGACCAGGAAUCGAACCUGGGUUUCCUACUGUUUAAAACAGUGAGGUGUCCUACCACUGGACGAUCAAGACAGAUGUGGCUAUAAAAAUAGCCGGUUUGACGUUUAAAGUCAUGUCACUGACUGUGUUGAGAUACCUUUUGUUUUCUGGCCUUUCGACACAAGGGACAAUACCAUGAACCUUUUGGGACUCUUUUCAAUUUAACACAGCUCAAAUGAAACCAUUCAUACUUGCAAGAUGUAGAGUCACAACCAAUAAAUGUUUCGUCAUUAGGAUUGUAUUCAGACUGACAGA